AUGUGGAGCAUGCAUGUACUAAUGGCUUAUCGGGAUCACUGGUCCGGAGAGGCUGAAGAAACGAGGAGAACAAGAUCUCCAUCGGUGAUCACAUGCAUUCUGAUCUUGAACAUGUUGGCGCAAGCGGGAACAGCAGACAGCUCCGAUGGAUUGUGCUCUUUCGAGCAGAGGAUCGACGGGAUGCACUGUGAUGGCCUGAAGAUCGACGGAAGCAUUUUGACAUCUCGCGCUUGCACUGAAUCAUGCUGUAUGGACAAGGACUGUCAGAUCUGGCAGUAUCACUCGGAAAAGGGCUGCUGGAAAGGAAGUCAGGCAGCUCCUGCUUGCACAGCCAGUGACGAGCGAUGGCUCGGGGAGAAGGUUCGAAACCGAGUACCCCCUCAGCGACCGUCAGGGGAGUCCAGCCGAAUAUUGCAAUGGCGACGGCGGAAAGGGAUUGUAAAGAAUUGCUGUCCUGGAAGAUGGUGCUGCCCCGGGGGAUCUGGGUGCUGUCCUCCUCGCAUGCUUGCGAUCGCGAACUCCGAGCAAUUCGCUGCUAUGGAUUUGACUGCCCGUUCUAAACCUUUUCAAGAAAGCAUUACGCUCUUAGCAGAAGAGGUCCAAGAGGGUUUGAUUCGUUUUUGUAUCGCUUUCGAUGUCUUCAUCAAGCCUUUGCAUACCACCAUUCGAGUAGACAAGCAAAGUAAAAUCAUGGCUCUGGUGAAAUCGUCAUGCCGUGAGUUAGAUCGGAUCAGGGGCCAGGAGAAUAAUUCAAACUGCUUCCAAGAGAUUGUAUACGACAUUGUUCAAAGUGGUGUAGAUUACUUCUUGAACGCGUCAUAUCCUGGUAUUCUAUUCGCUCAUGGCCUUGAGAGCGAUGCUGCAGUGGACCGGUGCAGCGCUACUAGACUCACUGUUUCUUCAUGGAAUCAGGUCAAUUCUUUCAACGUGAGCAGAUGUCGUCCGUCACACCAUAAUGCAUUUCGCUGGUUGACGACUAGAGGUUACGACAUCAUCACGAUGGCUUCACGUCAUUCAAGGGGACAGGCAAGGGAAUCUUUAACGAUUCCCCAAACUGAAGACUUGAUGCAGGUGGUUGUUAGCGAUCAAUAUCGAUUCAUCUUCAUCCAAGUGCCCAAGGCAGCUUCAACAACUGUGCGAGUUUUGCUUUGGAAUUACGGGGGGAAAGAUGCUGAGACUUAUGACAAACUCCCUCUGCACAAGAAACUUACAUAUUUCACCUUCGCCUUUGUGCGUGAUCCUGUUAGCCGCUUCAUCUCUGCAUAUGAUGAGAUUUGCCUGAAACUUCAUGACUCUUGCUCUUUCUACGACAGGAUAUCGUCUAAAGGGCUAAAAGCAUUUCUCAACUACACAAUUCAAAAUCCAUGCUGGGAUGAGCAUGUAUGCGAGCAAAUGUCGUUCUUGCAAGGCUUUUUACGAAUCGAUAUGAUUGCUGAUAUCUCGAAUCUUUCAACGGCAUUGACUUACAUCUCAUCCCGGCUUGGUUUUGAGCCUCCAGUCUCGCCCGAUAUGAUUGAAAAGAAGAAUGAAGGCUUUUCCUUCGCUCAUCAGUCACCAGAUGAAAAGACAGCUCGCAAGAUCCGAUCGCUUUUCAGCUCCGAUUAUGAAUGUUUGAAUUUUUCAACUGGAGUGAGUGAAGUGCAAAAUUCGGAUGGGUCCUGUGAUGAAGACGCAGACUACAAUGAACAUCUUGUGCCCUAUGCUCAUUUCUGGAAUGAGGGGGAGUAUUAUUUCCACUCGGCGACGGAAGAUAACAGUGAAUUCAUCAAAUCCCUUACCGAGUCCUUGGAAUCAGUCAUUUCCUCACAAAGUUUCUCUGCCAACGAUUCAAGGGUAGCAACACUACCCACGCUAGAGUCAAGAAUUCCUGAUGUUGGGCAAGAUCCUUGCAUCUCUGAAAGCCGGGGAAGUUUGGCAGCUUCUGUUGAGUUGGCGAGGGAGAGAAUUGUUGACGAAGUUUCUUCGUCUUCGCUGUGGUUACAUGAUUGGUCGGUUAGAGCAAUCCUGCUAUCAAAGCUCUGGAGCCCCGAGGUCAGCUUAGAGAAAAAUGUGAAGAGGAGAAGCAGCCAUCUUCCUCCUGGAUUCGUGCUGCUAGUUAUUCCUCGUUGCCACGGAAACCUGACUGAAGACACAAAGCGUCAACCUUUGUUUGUCGUCACAAAGGAGCAACGGAUCGAAGAAAGGCUCCCACCGGCACUCCCUGCGGCUUGUUACACGUCUGUUGAGCAUGCCAAGAGGGACUUGCUACGCGAGAGAAUCGAAUGUUCGCUUUGCUUAAGCGUGGCUCACGUUCGUCUCCUCCGCUUUAUGCUCAUCGCCCAGCAGGCUCGAGAAAAUUCUGCAGAAGGAGGGAGACUUGAUACCGCGAUCGUUGUCAGCGAGGACACAGAGAUUUUGAGGAUAUAUUUCAUCAAGAUCGAUACCGAGGAGAUGAGCUCCAUGUUUCCUACUUGGCAUUUGAGAAGAUAUAGGACAUAUGACGAGGAGACAGAAGAGGAGCAAGUUGGAUCGCUAUCGUCACACUUCUUCAACAUUCUUUGCGACUUCUUCAUCGGAAAUCAUUUCGAGAGAUUUCUCAAGAACGGAAAUACGAACAUUUCGAUGCCAUAUUUCGCCCUUUCUAAGCUAUGGUCAGCUGAUGUACAGCUUGGAUCCGGACCCGCGGGAUUUCUCGGAGCGAACAUCCCUCUCUCCAGCUCAAGUACCAAAUCAAGCACUACCCAGACGGAAACUUGGGAAGGCACAGCAAGAGGCGAAGAAGGAAAUUUGAGGCAGCAUAAGAAAGGCAAAUCGCCAUGCCCGGGGAACCGCUUCUCUGUUGACGAGUGGGGAGACUGCAAGGCAGACAUAACCUCAACUUCUUCCUAUCUCCCUUCUCCUCAAGUACUCCAAUAUGCAAAGGCGGAAGCGUCAGCAGGAGAUGAACUUGCUGCCCACCUUCAACAUUCGCUCCAUUCAUUGCAGUUCUCAAGACAGAACUGUGAUCGAGCUCGCCCGGCACGAUAUCCCAACCAUGGCGCAGCAGCAACUUUCAACUACCUCGUCAUUCAGCUAAUCCGUGGCCUGCAGGAGCAACGUCCUGUCGUGCUACAGGGCAAGUGGAUCUACGGAGGGUGUGCUGAAGGGGAUCUCAGCUGCGUCCUCGACCCCUUCACAGUCUGCGAGACGGGCGCUAGCGCAGUCGGGGGAUACUCGAUGGGUCCGGACAUGAGCGGCAAGUACGGAGGAGCCUAUCCUCAGCGUUUGGAGGAGGCAGACCCUAACUACGUUCCCCCGAUCUACGCACGGGAGGGGAAGGGAAACUUCUGGUUUGUAAGCAUCCUGACGGGGUUCGUCCUCAACGUAAGGCCCCGCGUGUCUCAACGUGUGGAGGAGGAGCUCCAGCGGCUCGGACUCUCUUCGUCCUUCGUCGGGGUCCAGAUCAGACGAGGAGAUGCUUGCGGGCAGACGCGGCCGUGCCUGGAGCUCUCGAUCUACGUCGAGGCAAUCCAGGAGCUGGCAGGGCGAUACGACUUGAAGAGCGUCUACCUCGCCACUGACGACCCGAAUGCUGUUGUUGAGGUGACGGACAUGAUCGGAGGAACAAGACUGAUGAACCUGCAGCUCGAAGGCGCGGUCGCUCCCCUUGGACUCCACGUGGUCUCGCAGAUGAUGGAUCGAAGCUUCACCUCCUCCAACACUGUCGCUUGUGCUCACCUCGCCAACGAGGGGGUGCGAACGCUGAGCAUGCAGGCCGAGCUCGGCUGCGAGUGGAUUGAGGACAAACUGCUCCGAGCAGACCCUGACAGGAAAGACGAUCAUGCCAUGGCGGUGAUGGUCGACGUCGAGAUUCUCGCCCGCUCCUCGGCUUUCGUCGGCACCUUCACCUCCGCCCUGAGCCGCGUGGCCUUGCAGCUCUCGUUUGCUCGCACGCAACAGUUGAAGCCCUUCAUAAGCCUCGACAUCCCCUGGUGCUGGGCUGGUUUCCACCUCAUUCCAGUGCCAUGGGGGACAUACGGAUGCUGA